AUGAAGGACGCUGAGAAGGCUUCCGAGGAGCAGAUUGAGGUCAUGUAUGAUGAUAAAUUGAAACAGAAUGGCCUUGAUGCUGCGAACAAGGUGAUGGGAACGGUCAAGUUGACCGAGGGUUCCAUUGUCUAUAUUCCCACUCCUACUGCGGAUCCACAGGAUCCCAUGAACAUGCCAAUGUGGCAGAAGACAGUCGUUCUCGUCGUUAUCUCUACAUUCUCCACUCUCAGCAUUUCUCUUGUGUCUGGAUUUGGCGGCGUGAUCACUUUCUAUGUCCCCGAAUACAGUGCAGCCGGCUACGACUAUGCGGCUAUCUCCCAGUUGAUGACAUACCCAACGCUUUUCAUGGGUAUUGGCAACCUUAUUGGCAUGCCUAUGGCAAUCGCCGUCGGCCGUCGAAUCGUUCUUUUGAUGUUCACCCUUAUCCUUAUACUCGCCGCCGUCUUAUGUGUCAAGGCGGAAAACUAUGAAUGGCAUCUCGGUGCUCGAAUGGUGCUAGGACUUUGCGCAGGGCAAAGUGAGGCACUGGUGCCCAUGAUUACCCAGGAAAUCUUCUUCCUACACGAGAGAGGCAAAUAUCUCAUGCUUCAACAAGCCAUUCAAGUUGUUUUAACUACUAUCUGGACCCUCUUUGCCAGUCCAAUUGCUGGAGCUAUUACACCCCAAGGCUGGUAUGGUCUUGGCGCAGGUCUAGCUGGACUCCAGUUCCUGGUGGCUGUGGUGCUUCUCCCAGAAACGAAAUAUGAUCGUGGUUUGAAUGCGUACCAAGAGACGGUCUCGGAUGAUAACUCGGCGACACAAAUGGAUCUUGAAGCUGAUGGAAUCACCAAACCCGCUGUCAUGGUUUGCAAGGAGAGGCCGCCACUUGACUUUGUCAAGUACGCACCAAGGACCUGGAAAUCGGAUAUGCGACUCUGGGUUGGAAAGCCUGAAUGGUACAAGGCUAUUGAUGUUCUGAAGCAAACAUUUCAACUCCUGCUCUUCCCCAACGUUUUUUGGGCCUUGUGUAUCAAUGGCCUCACUAUCGGUGUCAACAUUGCCAUUGGUACAACCUACGGCACGAUCCUGACCAGCGCUCCUUACCACUGGCCAGACUCGAGCACAAGUUACGUGAACUGCGGACAGAUUUUAGUCGCCCUGAUUGCCCUCCCACUACUCGGAACAGGCUCUGAUGCACUCAUCAAGUGGUUUGCCAAGCGUAAUGGAGGUAUGCAUGAGCCGGAAAUCAGACUCCUGCCUCUGAUAUUCCCCGUCAUCGUUGGUGUUUUUACCGCUGUCCUUUACGGCCAGGGUGCUGCCCAUCCGCAGCAUUACCACUGGAUGGUGUAUGUAUGGGCAGUAGCAGCCUACUACUUCUGCUUCGUGGGCGCAAAUAUAGUUGCGAUCACGUACUUACUGGACAGUUAUCCCGCACGGGCUGGUCCCCUGCUCGUUAUUAUCUGUGCGUUCCGAGGAUUUAUCUCGUUCGGAACGAGUUAUGGCACUACCUUCUUUGUGGAUAACAGUGGCUAUGACGGUGCAUUUGGUACCUUUGGUGCUUUGACUGGUGUACUUGGUUUACUGGGAAUACCGAUUUAUUUCUGGGGCAAAAAUAUCCGAAAGUUUACUGGAAGAUUUGCUAAGAGCAAGGCGGACUAG